UCGUGUGUUUACGUGGAGAAACAUGGCGGCGAGGGUGACAGCAAAGCCCGAAUAAAACACUGAGGAAAUCCCACAGAUUUACCGUCCGAGCCGAAGCGGACGCACGUGUCAGCGCAACGCGUUUGGCGCUAGGCGUGUGUGCGUGCGUGUGGCGCUUUUAUGACGCGUGUGUGUCGGUGUUUAAGCCGCAGGAACCGCGGAGAGGAUGGAAGACGAGGAGCGACAGAAGAAACUACAGGCCGGCAAAGCCAAGCUUGCAGAGUACCGGCAGAGGAAAGCUCAAUCCGAUGGCCAGAAGAAGCAGAAGAAGAAGAAAAAGAAGCCGGAAUCGGAUGCAGAGGAGCAGGGGAGAAAUGAGGGAGAGGAGACCACCGUGUUUUCCCUCUCAAAGACCCUCCGGAGCGGAGAAACCGUCACACACGACCAGACCUACACCAUAGAGCCCGAGAGUGAAGUCUCAACGACAGCUGAAGACUGUUCAUCUGAGGUAAAUGGUUUCCACGAGAGGACAGAGAGUGAUCUGGCAUCCUCUGUGAUCGGGGAGGAAGAUCUGCAGCGGUCUGAAGCACACAUGGAGCCUGACCUACAGAGCGGCGGCCCUCAGAGCCGCAUUCAGAUCAUGGAGGACGAGUUAGCCGCUAAGAACAUGGCCAUGGAGGAGCUGAGCCGCGAGCUCGAGGAGAUCAGGGCCGUGUUUGGAGCUGAUGGAGUGCAGCAGCUGCAGGACUUCGAGGAGGCGCUGAAACAGAGGGAUGAAAUCAUCACGCAGCUCACCGCCAAUCUGCAGCAGGCGCGGACCGAGAAGGAGGAGGUGAUGAGGGAGUUCCUGGAGCUGACGGAGCAAAGCCAGAAACUCCAGAUUCAGUUCCAGCAGCUGCAGGCCGGUGAGAUACUGCGGAGCUCCAACAUCAGCUCCACGGCCGCAGAUCUUCUCCAGGCCCGUCAGCAGAUCACGCUGUACCAGCAACAGCUGGACGAGAGGGACGCACAGGUCAGAGGUCACCAGGAGAAGACGCAGGAGCAGCUUUUAUUGAUCGCGCAGCUUCAGGAGAGGGUCCGCACACAAGCUGAAGAGUCGUUUGCUCAGAGUUUACGAGAGAAGGACCUACUGAAUACUGAACAUCAGUGUCUGAUAACGCAGCUUAACGAUCAGCUUCUGACUUCCAAACAGCAAGUGGAGGAAUUCAACAAACAUCUCGCUGCGAAAACUCAAGAGCUGGAAAACUGCGAAAAAGAGCUCUCCACGUCCAGACAGAAAGAGCGCAUGUCAUCCGGAGAAAUCCUGCAGCUCAUGAAAACCGUCGAGGACCUCCAGCAGCGCUGCCACCAGGGAGGCCAGUCGGAGAGUGAGACGCUCCGGAGAAUCGAGGAUGACUGGAGCCGACGGAUGGAGCAGCUGCGAGCCGAACUGGAUGAAAUGUACGGUCAGCAGAUCGUGCAGAUGAAGCAGGAGCUUCGCACGCAACACGCGACGGAGGUGGAGCGAAUCAGAGCGCAGCAUUGCUCGGAAACUGAGAAGAUCGUCCAGCAGCAUCAGUCAGAGCUGGAGAGGUUUAAAGCUCAGCUGUUCCAGAGCGCCGGAGACGUUAACGUGCUAAACGUGAAGCUCAUCGAGCUCCAGCAGAAGCUGCAGGAGACGCAAGUGUUGCGCGAAAAGGCGGAGCAGGAGCUAACGCAGGCGAGCGCAGAAAAACUCGGUUUGGCGCAGGAGGUGGAGCGUUUGCGCGACGAGCUGCAAAGAGCGGAAAUACAGAGCCCAGAGAAAAUGCAACACGCUAUUAGCGACCUGCAGUCUCGGCUAGAUUUAGCGCACAAAGCCAAUGGCGAACUAGAAGCCAAGCACGAAUCGGAAAUCACCAACUAUAAGAUCAAACUCGACAUGCUGCAGCGGGAGAAAGACGCGGUGCUGGACCGCAUGGCCGAAUCGCAGGAGUCGGAGCUGGAACGCCUGCGAACGCAGCUCUUGUUUAGCCACGAGGAGGAGCUCUCCCGACUUCGCGACGACCUCCAACGGGAAAGCCAGCUGAAUGUGGAGAACCUGCGCGACGAGUUGGGCGUGAGGCACCGCGAGGCUUUGGACGGUUUCGAGGACAAGCUGCGGUCGGUGGAGCGAGAGAGGGUGGCGCUGGCGGCGGAGAGACUCGUGCUGCUCGAGGAGAUCGUAGCUUUGAAAAACGACCUGAAUCGGGCGACGGAAAGCGUGAGAGCUGAGGAGAUGGUCGCGCAGCUGAAGGAGCUGCAGGCGGAAGUCGGAAGCGAAGAAAAAGACUUGCAUGCAACCGCAAGGGAUGAGCUGACAGCGCUGAAGAACGAGCGCGAAAACCUCCUGCAGAAAAUCGCCCGCCUUUCCUCGGACAACGAACAGAUGUGUGCGCGACUGAAAGAGCUUCGGGAGGAGACUGAAAAGCAGAAAAACACGUUCUCCUUCGCUGAGAAGAACUUCGAGGUGAACUACCAGGAGCUGAAAGACGAGUACACAUGCCUGGUGAACGCUAAACUACAGCUAGAGCAGCGCUUGGUCAGAGAAGCCAUGGAAUAUGAGACCAAACUCAGAGAUCUGCAAACGAGACACGAGGAGGUGGAUGGGAAGACGCCAAUUGAAAAAGACUCUUCUGAGCUGAUGGAGAAGCUGGAGACGGCUGAGAGCGAGAAGAAGAGCUUAGAGGAGCGUCUCUCGAUGAUGCAAACGGAGCUGGAGAUGCUGAAGAGAGACAGAGACGAAGAGCUCUUCGACUGCAGCGUUGCUGGUGGGCUGUGCUCAGUGGAGACACAUCACGGUCACAUCAGAUCUUUGCGGGAGGAACUGGAUGCCUUGCAAGACGAGGAGCGCCUCGAAGCAGUGCAGCCGCAGCCACAGGAGGGGAGGGAGAGAGAGACGCCUGCGAGUACUCCAGCGCGCCGGCUCGCUUUACACACACACACAGCAGCAGCAGCAGCAGCAGCGCAUGAGGAUCAGCUCUCAGCGCCCAACAGACUCCCACAGCAGGUGGAGACGGGAGAUGCUCCGGCCGAUGGAGACGCUGUCGGAGCCUCGCUCAUGAUGCAGCCACGGGAAAUGGACGGCGCUGAGCAUGAUGAGUGUCGUCUGCAGCUGGAGGCUCAGCGCAUCAGUCUGUCUCAGAUCCACGCCGCUCAUCUCGAGCUGCUCAGAGAGAGUCUGUUUGCGCAGACACAGGCGCAGCUGCAGGAGCUGCAGGACGCACACGAGCAGCAGCUGCGGCGCUUGAGGAGAGAGCAGCAGGGAGUCAACGGUCAUCCCGCAGAGCUGAAGGCAGAGUUUGAGGAGUGUUCGGCUCGUCUGGAGGAGAGACAGCGGCAGGAGAUCGAGCGGCUGAAGAGCUACUAUCAGCAGCAGAUGAAGGAGACGCAGGAGCGCUUCACAGCCGAGAUCCUCCUGCUGCAGAGCAGACUCCAGGAGCUCACAGGAGCCCACCAGCUCUUCAGCAUGCCGAGCGUCUGUCCGCUGCGGACGAGAGACGAGCGCUGUGAUCGUCUUCAGAAUGAAUUUAUAUAUAUAUACGGCCGGAAAGCCUCGUACGAGAGCUCGCGUGAGGAGCUGGAGACACUGAGAGACGCGGUGGAGCGACGGGGCGCCUCUCCUCCGGAGGAAACCGAUCUCAGGCGCUUGGAGGAGGAGAUCGCCAAGGUGAUCGUGCAGAUGUCGGUUGAGUUCGCCCAGCAGACCGAAGAGGCCCGGAUCAGAAAACAGACCCGAGAGACGAGCAUCGGCACGCAGACAGACAACAGCGAGGAUGAGGAGGACCGACUGAACUCUGAGAGCGUGAUGAAGAGGGAUCUGGAGCUGCAGCAGGUGAAGGAGAGAGAAGACGAGACUGAGAGACGGAGAGAUGAACACCGGCUUCCCAGCAUGCAAAGCUGCGGCACUCAGACCCAGCAGACGAGAGAGGAGGAGGAGGAGGAGGAGACGAAGGUCAGAGGUCAGGGAAGAGCCGUGACCUCGCAGCCACACGCACAGGACCCAGAGCUCUCGUCUGAUGUCAUCACCACUGAGAGGGAUGUGCUGCGUAAAGUGAACACUCGUCUGCGUCAGGCUCUGACUGAUGUGCUGAAGACGACGGCGGCGGCGGAGGAGACCAUCGGCCGUCAUGUGGAGGGCAUCCUGGAGGCAGGACCUGCUAGAGAGGGUUUCCACGGCAGCGAGACGGUCGCCGAUGACCUCUGCAUGUUUUCAGCAGAGACUGAGACGGACGAAGGCCUGGAGGUGUCGCUGAGCAUCAAGGGGGCGGAGCUACAGCUGCAGGAGGCGGAGCUUCUGCUGGAGAGGGAGGAGUUUCUGAUGAGCAUCAGCACGCGACUGCAGAGCGCCGUGGAGAAGCUGCUCAUCACCAUCACUGAGACCAGCACUCAGCUGGAGCAUGCGCGGAUCACGCAGACGGAGCUGAUGAGAGAGAAGUUCAGGCAUAAUGAGGAGAUGGAGGAGCUGCAGCGCAGACAGGAGGAGCUGCAGGAGCGUCUGUGUGAGGAGGAGCGAGCUCGGGAGCAGCUGGCACUGGAGCUGCACAAGGCUGAAGGUAUCUGCUCCACGUUUUGUCAUCCGUCAAACGAGUCAGUCCUGCGUGGCUCUGCUAACGAGCGUCUGCUGUCCUCAGACCUGCUGGAGGAGACGGAGAAGCUGAUGGCGGAGAAGGUGGAGGUGCAGCGUCAGGCGCAGAAGGAGAGCGGCGAGCUGCUGCAGCAGGUGAAGCAGCUGGAGGCGGAGCUGGAGGAGCAGGUGAGCCAUCUGCAGGAGCUGCAGGAGAUGCACAGCGCCGAGACGGCAGACCUGCGGCAGCAGAUACAGGCCUUAGAGAAGCAGCUGGAGAAGAACCGCAAGUUCAUGGACGAGCAGGCGGUGGACCGCGAGCACGAGCGAGACGUCUUUCAGCAGGAGAUUCACAACCUGGAGCAGCAGCUGAAGAAUCCCGCCAAAACACAGACAGGAAGUGGCCGGCGGGACAGAGAGGUGCAGGAGCUGAGCGCGGCGCUGCAGCAGAAGGCAGACUGGUGCAGUGAGCUGCGGUUGAGCUCGGAGCAGCUGCAGAGAGAUGUGUGUGAGAGAGACGAGGAGAUCGAGACGCUGGGAGUGCGUGUGAGGGAGCUGGAGCACACGCUCAUGCACAGGGUUGAGGAGGUCCAGCAUGUGUCUAUGGAGGGCAGAGGAGACAUCACACUGGAAGCACAGCUGCAGACAGAGCGAGAGGCUCUGGACAGGAAGGAGAAAGAGAUCGUGAAUCUGGAGGAGCAGCUGGAGCAGUUUCGUGAGGAUCUGGAGAACAAGAGCGAGGAGGUGCAUCAGCUCCACAUGCAGCUGGAGAUCCAGAGGAAGGAGAUCAGCAGCCAUCAGCAGGAUCUGCAGGCUCAGGCCCGGCUCGCUCAGGUCUUGGAGGAGAAGGACAGGCAGAUAGCCGUCCUUAACGAGCAGCUCGCUAAGCGUCAGCGCACGGGAACAGACCCUAAGACAGAGGUAAAGUCGUAUACAUAUGUGUGGACACACGGCGGCUGUCAGCAUGUGACACACACAUAUGCAUAUAGCAGGAAACCCGCGUGUGUGUGUGUGUGCGAGUGUGUGUGUGCGGGAACGAGAGACGACUCUUCUCUGAGCUGGUGUGUUGGUCUGCAGGUGGUGGAGGAGAAGGACGAGGUUCUGCGCGAGCUAGAGGCGCAGGUGGAGUGUCUGCGGAGCGAGCAGGAGCGUCUGAAGAGGAACAGCGAGGAGGAGGUGGAGCAGCUCAACGCCGUCAUCGAGAAGCUCCAGCAGGAGCUGUCGCUCAUCGAGCACAAGCAGCCGCAGGACGAGAGCGACGAGAUGAAGCAGAGGAUGGACGAGCUGAAGUCUGCCCACCGCUCGCUGCAGAGCCGAUACGAGGGUCUGCAGGGGGAGCUGGAGGAGGCUCUGCGGGAGAAGACCGCUGCGUUUGUGGUGCUCCAGGCUCAGGUGCAGGCGCUGGAGGAGAGCGCAGGGUCACAGGCCAUGAGCUUGAGUCGGCGCGUGGAGGAGAAGGACUCGGAGCUGCGCGCGUGCAGGUUGAAGCUGGAACAAGCGCAAAUGAACGCCGACGCUAAAGUGGCUCAGCUGGAGGAGGAACUCAGGGAGAAGGUGGCCGCCGUUCUGGUCAGCCAAGCACAACUGGAAGCCAUCCAGAUGCAAACCAAAGAGCUCUGCGCAGGAGAAGCCAUGGGCCCCAGCGCGCAGCUGCACUCAGAGGGCCUCACGGCGCAGGCAGCCUCCGCAGGGAAGACGAGCCUGCUGACGGAGAAGCUGAAGGAGCUAGAGGAGGGUCUGAGUGGGAUGCAGAAGGACCAGGAGCUGCAGAAGCAGCUGUUGAACAGCUCUGAGGAGGAGGUGAUGGAGUACGAGAGGAGGUUAGCCGUGAUGAUCGACCUACUGAACCAAAUGAGAACCAAACCAACCCAUCACAGACCGCUGCCGCCCGCUGAGAUGAAGGAGAGCACGAUCACGCAGCUCCAGACGGCCCUCAGCCAGGUAGAGAAUGAAACCGAGACGGCUGAACUCCUCCAGGAGCUGCAGGAGGUCAAAGGUCAAGUGAGCAGCACACAGCAGGAGCUGGAGAGCUGCAGGGAUCAGAGCGUCAGACUGCAGGAGCUGCUGCAGGAGAGAGAGAUGAGCAUCGCUCUGCUGAAGGAUCAGCUGCACAGGGCCUCACAGGAGGGCGACGAGCCCACGGCGGAGCUGCUGCAGGAGCUGCAGGAGGUCAAAGGUGAAGCGGCCGCCACCAAAGAGGAGCUGAGGAGCUCCCGGGAGCGCAGCCUCAAACUGCAGGAGGAGAUCGAGGUCAGAGACGCGUGCAUCGCUGAGCUGAAGGACAAAGUUCAGGAGCUCCAGACCGCUUUGGCCAAAUCCAGCGAGGAGCCGCUACAACAAGAGAAAAAGAAAGGAGGCAGCAUAGAGCAUCAUGGGAUGGACAAAAGCAGGAGCUCCUCGUCCUGUGUGGACGUGUGUGUGCAGACGCAUCCGUCCGGAGCCCAGGAGCUGCAGGAGGUGAUGCUGGGAUACGAGGAGAAGAUCGCACAGAUGCAGGAGCUGCACGCGGCUGAGAUCCUGGACAUGGAGGCCAGACACAUCUCUGAGAGCGAGAGCCUGAAGCGAGACAGCCAGCAGCUGGAGGACGAGUGCAGAGCGCUCCGAGACAAGCUCAGGACCGCGCAGGCUCCGUCAGUGAGGUCUGAACACUCAGCCGUCCCUCCGUUUAAAGACGGAUACGCCAGUGACAGCAGUUCAGACUGGAGUCAGCGCGUGGGUUUCGAUCUUCCUCACCUGCAGCAGGAGUCCCGCAGCACACCUGAAGGAGCGCACAGAGAUGUGGAUCCGGACGUGCUGCCAGACAGGGUCAAGAGCCUGCUGCGUGAGGUGCAUCAGGAGGGCAUGCAGGUGCUGUCGCUGUCUGAGCUGCCGCUGUCUGAAGCGGAUCCACCUCCUCAGAGCUGGAGCAAAGAGAGAGACGCCCUCAUCAACACCGUCGAGUCCCUCAAGCUGCUCAUCAGCACACUGCAGAGCGGCAUCGACACACAGGUGGAUGGCGACUGGAGAGCGGAGCUGCUGUCGGCUGUUCAGCACGUGUUUGUUCAGGAGCGAGACGUGCUGAAGAACGUCUUAUACUCUCAUCUGGAGCGACUGGACACGGCUGACGCUGUCAUUCAUCUCAGCCAGCUGGAGAGAGCGCUAGCGGAGCAGGACGCGAGGCACAGGGAGCUCAUGGGAGCGCUGUGCGCCGCAGACAGAAGCAGCCUGCGCUCAGAGAUCCAGCAGCUCAGAGCUCAGCUCACACAGCGCCACCAUCAGGACGCCGCCGGAACGGAGAGCGAGAGCGAGGCCGAGCUGAUGCCAGGCGGUGCUGCGGUGGGAUGCGGCUCUGAUCGACUGAACCAGACUAAACUAGAGCUGGAGAGCGCUCUGAAAUCACAGCACAAACACCUGAAAGAGCUCGACGCACUCAGGGCCGAGGUCUCACUGAAGGCCGCUGAAGUCGAUGCAUUGAACGACAGACUGGCACUCGAGCAGAAGAGAGCCAGAGAGCUGCAGUGGGCCUUCGAGAAGGAGAAACGCAAGUCUGACAGGAAGGAGGAGACCGAGAGAGAGGAAGUGGAGGAGCUUAAACUGGCUCUGGAGGAGCAGGCGCGGGAGGCCAGCGUCUCUGCAGAGCUGCAGGUUCAGUUAGAUGCUCAGAGAGCUCGAUCGGCGGAGCUCAGCAGCGCUCUGGAGAAACAGAAGGAGCUGAACGCACAGCUGGUGCAGCGCUUCCAGACGAGCUCCACGUCAAACCCGCAGGAGUCUGACACACAAAACACUCUCAUGCAGACAGAGGCCACCUGCAGCCAGGUGGAGGCCGGGGUUCUCUCUGUGGAGUCUCUCCUGCAGACGCUGCAGAUGCAGCUGGCCGAGAAGCAGACGCAGGUGGUGCAGAUGAUGGAGGAACUGGAGAGACAGAAGCUGGAGGCGGUGCAGUGCAAACGACAGUGGGACGAGGAGAAAUCUGCCCUCACGCAGGACCAGAAUGCAUUGCAGGCGGCACGCAACAGCCUGAGCAGCCUGGAGAGACGGGCGUCUGAGCUGCAGGCGGAGCUGGAUGCGGAGAGAGACCGCGUGAGGAGGCUGGAGAUAGAGAGAGACAGACUCCAGGAGACCGUGAGACAGCUGGAGGACAGACUGAGAGCGCUGGAGAACAAGAGCGUGAGAUCGGAUGCCCGGCCGCAGGAUCGAACCCGUGACUGGGUGUUGCAGACGGGAGACGCUCUGACGCUGGAGUCCAGCACAACGUCCCUGCGUGAGAGUUCAGACCCAAAACACGUGGACAACAUCAUCCUCAGCAGACUGCAGCUCAUCGCCGCCAAGAUCAACAGCCUGACCAGCGAAACCCCGGGCAGGUUAUCUGGGGAAGCGCCGGAUCGGGACAGUCUAGCAUGGCUGUACAGUAAUGUACAGGAUGUGAUGUCACUGUUACAGAAUAUCCCAUCAGCCCCCUCUGCUCUCCCGGAGAGUGCCGCUCUGUUGGCAGGAGGAUCAUCCAGUCUGCUGAACGAGCGUUUGCUCAGGCAGAAUGCAGAGCUCACGGGAUUCGUCAGCCGACUGACGGAAGAGAAGAACGACCUGCGAAACCAGUUACUGAAGCUGGAGGAGGAGCUGCGCAGAUACAGACAGAAGAAAACCACCGCCGAGAGCGCGUCGAGCCGGGCUGCGGUGGAGCGUCAGGAGCUGGUGUUAUUCUCUAGCGAGCGAGAGUCUUGGGCUCAGGAGAGGAAUCGUUUGGAGAAGUCUCUCCGUCAGGCCGAGGCAGAACUGAUCCGCCUGAGAGGAGAGAUUCGCUCCGAUACGCUGCGGGAUCUGACCGGAGCUGAUCUGGACAACACGGCCCUCAGGAGGAUGUAUGGGAAAUACCUGCGCGCCGAGAGCUUCCGGAAGGCUCUGAUCUAUCAGAAGAAGUAUCUUCUGCUGCUGCUGGGAGGAUUUCAGGAGUGUGAGGAGGCCACGCUGUCUCUGAUCGCCCGGAUGGGUGGCUUCCCUGCACACACCUGUCUGGAGUCUGUGGGGGGUCAGCGCAGGGGCUUCACGCGCUUCAGAUCGGCCGUGCGCGUCUCCAUCGCCCUCUCCAGGAUGAGGUUUCUAGUGAAACGAUGGCAGCGAGCAGCUGGAGGAACUGCGACGGUCAGAAGAAACGGCAUCACUCAGAUCACAGGUGCUGAUGUGAGGAACGAGUCGUCGUAUCUUCACCCCGGCGGUGUGGAGGUGUUCAGAGAGAGACGAGCGAGCAGCCGCGGACGCACGGGACGAGACUCUCCUCGCUCCGCCGCAUCGCUCCAGCACAGGUUUCACACGAUGGCCGGUGAUGCCGGAGGUUUACCGUGUUCACACCUGCAGAACUACGACCCCGACCGCGCUCUCACCGACUACAUCUCCCGUCUGGAGGCCCUGCAGAGACGACUGGGGAGUGUGCAGUCAGGUUCCUCUUCGUCCGCUCAGUUGCACUUUGGAGUCAGAAGAUGAAGGUCUUCAUAUACAUUGAACUGCUUGAAGAAACUCAGUUGCCUUCUCUUGUGCUGAGCUGCUGUGCUUUUGUAUUCUGAUGAUAAACCUGUGCGAUUCUGUGGGACCAAAACCAUGUCCGUUUUCUGUUUCGUGUGUGUGUGAAUCAUCUUAUAAUCAAGCUUCCGUUGAAACCGCUUCAACGUCUGUACAUUAGUUCUACCUUAUUUGUUGUUAAAGGAAAACAAUCACGUUACUGUAUAUUUGUGGAAUGCUAAUUUAAGUUGAUUAAUGUAAUGGAGACGUGUUGAGAGAGUUUGGAGCAGGACGGCUGCUAUCGGACUCUGGAUAACACGACGCGUUACUCGUCACAAACGAGCCUCGUUAAGGCUUUCGUCGGGCUGGAACGCGUCGCUGUGUUAUCAGAUACUCUACACUGCGUUUUAUUCGCUCGCUCCCAUGAAAAGACCACAGAGGACAUUUGUAGAAGACAUAUUUUUGUAAAGGUUGGAGCUUCGGAUUUUAUGGGAUUUUGUCAAAACUCAAAUAAAGAUUAAUAUAAUAUUUGAAAACUGCCUUCGACUCUGGGUCUCUUUUUCUGUAUCCUGGUUCGUUUUUCCAGUGUGAUAUUUGUGA